AGAAGAGAGGAUCACUCUGCUGCAGCUAGAAAUUAGCAUCAUCUCCACAAUGAAGACUUUGCCAGUAAUUGUGAUUGUUUGUGUGGUGAUGACUCUGACUGGAGCUGAUGCUCCUCCAGAAGCAAAGUCCAGUGAUAUUCACAUUGCAAAGAGCCAACUGAUCAAGAGGUCCACACAUUGCCCUGGUUGGUCUGAGUACAAUGGACGCUGUUUCAUCUUCAUUCCUACCCACAUGACUUGGGCUAGAGCUGAGAGAAACUGUCAGUCCCUGGGUGGAAACCUUGCAUCGGUCCGUGAUGUCUUUGAGUACCAAGCGAUCCAGAAGGUGAUAUGGAGUAGCACUUAUGAUUAUCCAGAAUCCUGGGUUGGAGGCAGUGAUGCCCAAGAGGAGAAUAUCUGGCUGUGGAGUGAUGGGACACCUUUCCACUAUUCAAACUGGUGUCGUGGAGAGCCUUCUCACUAUAACCAUGUACAGCGCUGCAUAGAAAUUAAUUAUGGAGGGUCCAAGUGUUGGGAUGAUGUGCAGUGUUAUAUACGCCUUCCAUCUGUCUGCGCCAAGAAAAAAAUCAGCAUCAUCUCCACAAUGAAGACUCUGCCACUGAUUGUGUUUGUUUGUGUGGUGUUGACUCUGACUGGAGCUGAUGCAUGGAGCUGCGUGAUUAGGAGGUACAGAUAUUGUUCUGGUUGGUCUCGCUACAAAGGACGCUAUUUCAUCUACAUUCCCACACCCAUGACUUGGGCUCGAGCUGAGAAAAACUGUCAGUCCCUGGGUGGAAACCUUGCAUCGGUCCGUAACAUCUAUGAAUAUCAUAAGAUCCAGUGGCUGAUAUUGCAUAAGACUCAUAGGCAACAACAAGCAUGGAUUGGAGGCAGUGAUUGUCAACAGAAUGGUGUCUGGCUGUGGAGUGAUGGGACGCGUUUCCACUAUUCAAACUGGUGUCCUGGAGAGCCCAAUAACGGACAACGUGCCCAGCACUGCCUGCAAAUAAAUUAUGGAGCAUCCAAGUGUUGGGAUGAUGUGCAGUGUAAUGUACACCGUCCAUCUGUCUGCGCCAAGAAAAUACGAUGAAUCCUGAAACAGAAGAACUUGUCACAAACACUGGUGCAUGUGUGCUGAUGUUUGUGUUUUCAUGCUCUUAUUUCUUAAGCUAAUCAUUCUGGAAUCUCUUUAUAUUUCUUCUAUCGCUGUAACACAACUAAAGGAGUGAAGCGACAAGUCAAAUCAACAGAAGCUGGUUCGUCUCAGAGGCUUUGUGCCUUUUAAUAAGAACAGACCGAAUGUGUUAUGAAAAGAACGCUGUUAGUAAAACUUUCUUCUGCACAAUCAACUCGCAUUUACUGAUUUUUGCAAAAUUAAAAGUCUGAAGCAUUAAAA